AUCACAUCGUGUCCCAUUCAAACAGACCCGAUCCGAACCCAUUCGGUCCGAUCAAAUCUGAUUCUAUCCGAUACGAUCCGAUUAGACCAGAUCACAUCGUGUCCCAUUCAAACAGACCCGAUCCGAACCCAUUCGGUCCGAUCAAAUCUGAUUCUAUCCGGUACGAUCCGAGUAGACCACAUCACAUCGUGUCCCAUCCAAACUGACCCGAUCCGAACCCAUUCGCUCCGAGCAAAUCUGAUUAUUUCCGGUACGAUCCGAUGUAAUCUGAUCCGUUGCCCUCGAUCCGAAAUGGAGCGUACCGAUCUGUUCACAAAUGCUCAAAAAUUUGGGCGGACGGCCUCGACAUCGCCCCAUUCCGACCGGAAAUCGUCUUCUCAUCGAGUCGGUUGGUCCCUUCUUCAGUCAAUCCCAGCCGUCCCUAAACAGCCCGACAGAUUCGUCUUGCCCACUUCACGAGUCGACCGAAAGCGCAGGGCCGAUGAGGCUGUGCCGGCCUGUAGACGUGGGGCUUGGGCGGAUGGGCAAAAAGCCCAGCAACCGGAUAGCAACCGACACCUCCGUCACGAGGGGAUGGGCCGAACGAGGCCUUAUCGCGACGGUUUCGCGGCUGACUGCAUCAUAACUCGGCAACGAAGACAUACCGACCGGACGCGACAUAUGCUCAAGUCAACGGCGGAGUUGCCCGCAAGCCGCGGUCGGGUCGAACCCUCGCCUCGGAUUACGGUCGGUCUCCAUCUGCCCCCUCACUUCGUCUGCACCGCUCGGUAG